AUGGAGAGGAGAAAUGAAGAGAUAGAGGUUAUUCACUCAUGGUCGGCACCCAGGUCCCUCAGCACCAGUCUCAUGUACUCUUUUGCUCAGAGAGAUGACAUGGAAGUGCUUGACGAACCCCUUUAUGCAAAUUUUCUUCGGGUAACUGGGGUGGAGAGGCCCUAUCGAGAAGAACUUUUGUCAAAGAUGGACUCUGAUGGAAAUAAGGUGGUGAAAGAGAUUAUUUUUGGCCCUGGCCAGAAAAAAUAUCGGUACUGCAAGCACAUUGCUAAACAACGUGUACCUGGAUUGACAGAUGAGUUAAUGAAAAAAGGAAAGCACUUCAUACUAAUACGAAAUCCCCUUAAUAUUCUGCCAUCUUUUGAGAAGGUUGUGGCCCCAUCCUUUCUUGAGCUAGGGUUGGCUAGCUUGGUCUCUGUUUACAGUGAGCUGUGUGAACUAGGAAAGCCCCCUCCCAUUAUUGAUGCAACAGUGCUUCAAGAAAAUCCCGAGGCUGCCUUACAUGGUCUAUGUGAAGAUCUCAAUAUUCCAUUUCAAGCUUCUAUGCUGAAAUGGGAAGCUGGGCCAAAAUCAGUUGAUGGGAUUUGGGCUCCCUGGUGGUAUAAAAGGGUACAUAACUCAACAGCUUUUGCACCACCAAGAAAGUAUCCUUCGCCAUUCCCGUCAUCGUUGUAUGACUUGCUGGAGCAAAGUUUACCCUUUUACAACAUGCUGAGGCAUCAUGCAUUAAGGAGUCGUUAUUUUAUUAAAUCUCCCCAUCCCAAACUUCCAAAUUCGGCCAAUGAGAAGCUGCUUGUUUGGGUUGACAAUGAUAUUGUGCCCCGUGAAAGCGCGAAGGUUUCAGUGUUUGAUUCCGUUGUCCAAGGAGGUGAUGCUGUUUGGGAGGGAAUUCGAGUUUACAGUGGGAAGAUAUUUAAGCUUGAAGAGCAUCUAGAUAGGUUGUUUGAUUCAUCAAAAGCUCUAGCUUUCAGAAACAUGCCAACUCGUGAAGAGGUCAAGGAAGCCAUUUUCAAAACUCUCAUAAGGAAUGGAAUGUUUGAUAAUGCACAUAUUAGGUUGACUCUGACACGUGGGAAAAAGGUAACUUCUGGAAUGAAUCCAUCACUCAACCUCUACGGAUGUACCUUAAUUGUUCUUGCAGAAUGGAAGCCAUUAGUCUAUGACAAUACAAGAGGUUUAACUCUGGUGACAGCAACUACACGUCGUAAUUCACCAAAUAAUUUGGAUUCUAAAAUUCAUCACAACAACCUCCUCAACAACAUCCUGGCCAAGAUAGAAGGGAAUAACGCCCAAGCUGAUGAUGCCAUCAUGCUCGAUAAAGACGGUUAUGUGUCAGAAACAAAUGCUACAAAUAUUUUUUUAGUGAAAAAAGGCUGUAUAGUGACACCUAAUGCGGAUAACUGUUUACCUGGCAUAACUCGAGCAACAGUUAUGGAGCUUGCUAUUAAAGAAAAUUUGGUUGUAGAUGAACGCCGUGUCAGUUUAUCAGAGUUUCAUACUGCAGAUGAGGUGUGGACAACAGGAAGUAUGGGAGAACUCAGCCCGGUUAUCAGGGUUGAUGGGCGCAUGAAUCUGGCGUGCCUAUACCAGCUUACCAAGAGUGUUGAGAUAUAUAGUUCAAGGGUCAGGUCAUCUUGCCUUGAGACAUUUCCGCAGGAAAGGUGA